UCCCUCUUAUAAGGACCCCUGUGAUUACACUGGCCCACAGGAUAAUCUCCCCAUCAGAAUCCUUAAUCACAUCUGCAAAGUCCCUUUUGCCACCAAAGGUAACAUAUUCACAGGUUCCCAGGGAUUCGGAUGGGAACUCUUUGGGCACCAUGAUUCUUCCAGCCACACCUAGUGAGCAGAGAAGUCAGAACUGGAACCCAGGUGUCAGAUCCCAGAGCCCUUGACCAUCAUGUAAUACAGUCUCCUGUGCUGGGAUCCCCAUCUUACACCCUCCAUCCCCUCCAUUCCUGUUCUGAGAUCUCAGAUUCCUGUUGCCCAAGGAGGGUAACUUUGAAAUGACUGUUCUAUUUCAAAAGGGGGUAGAGACACAGCCACUGGGGAAAACAGUCCCUUGAAAAGUUACGCAUAGUGUUAUCAUAAGACCCAACGAUUCCACUCCUAGAUAUAUAUACCCAAGAGAUUAAAUCAUGUCCACACCGAAACUUGUACACAAAUGUUCACAGCAGCAGUUUUCAUAAUAGCCCAAAGUGGAAACACCCCAGAAUAUCCACAAACUGAUGAAUGAAUAAACACAUUAUGGUCUCUCCUUGUGGUGGAAUAUUAUUCAGCCAUGAAAAGGAACAAAGCACUAACACGUGCUACAAAGUGGAUGAACCUUGAAAACAUGAUGCUGAGUGAAAGAAGGACAAAAGGCCACAUAGUAUGUGACUCCAUUUAUAUGAAAUGUCCAGAAUAGUCAAAUCCAUGGAGACAGAAAGUAGUGUUUGCCAGGGGCAGGGGGAUGGGGAUAGGGUGCUUAGUGGUAAUGGAAUUUCUUUUAGGGGUGAUGAACAUGUCUUGGAACUAGGUAGUGGUGGUAGAUUCGCAACAUUGUGAACAUAUCAAUACUAAAUGCCACUGAGCUGUUCCCAUUAAAAUGGCUAGCAGUUAAUAUUAUGUUCUGUGAAUUUUACCUCAAUUGAAAAAAAAGCGGGGAGGGGGGAUGGUUUAACGACUGUGACCCCUGCCCGCCCCUUGGCCUGGCUGAGUGGGCAAGAGCCAGUCCUCUCCUCUCCCCACUGACCCUCAGUCUUCCUGUCCAGACACCCAGGUGCCUCAUUUCUUGUUUAUUCUCAUUAAAGAAAAUCUGUGAUAUUCCAAGUCAUUAAAAGACAAAAAGCACCCAUAGAGCCCCUCGGACCUAAGCAGACCAAUGAUGGGAUAGAGGCCAUGGCAGGAUGCAUCAGGCCGGUCAGACCUCAGACUCAGAUCUUGCUCCCAGCCCUUAACACCCACCCGUGUGUGACCAGAGGCCCACCCCCUGACCCCUCUCUGCCUCAGUUUCCUCAUCUGUAAAAUGGGUGUAUGGAGAGUAUCCCCCUCCUCAGGCUGCUGAGGAUUGAAUGGAAUAAUCGAUGUAAACACUCCCUUGGCACAAUGAAUGCACUAAAUGGCCGUGUAUUACUCUCACCCAACCGUGUAUUACUCUCCCUCCAGUCUUGAUUCUUUGGAUACAUUGGGCUCACCUGCCAUCCACACUCUGCUCUGAUCACUUUACUCUUGGCUUUCCCCAGUCCACAUGGCCAAGAGUGCUUUGAAUGGUCCUGCUUUCUGCAGACCUGAUCCUCCAGUCCACAGUCCCUGUGGGCAUCUUCCCCCCAGGUUUCCAGACUCCUACAUCACUCACACGUGACACCUCUCCUGGAGAAAGUGUUUUCUGGGCAUAGAGGCUUAUCUCCUUAGGAGACAUUCCCAGAGACAGAAUCUCCUCCCUUGCAAGGUGGGUCUCCGUGUCAGCAGCGCUCUUUGGUCAUCCGCACAGAACGUUCUCAUCUGCGUUGAUGAGGAGGCCAGCCUUGCCAUGUCCCUCAAGAGCUGUGGUGUAGCUUGAGAGAGUUGUCCAGCAGGAAUGGUACACGUUCAGGGCAGGCUCUUCCCAGGGCCCUGCCCAGCCCCACUCCUGGCCUCCAAGCCUGAAAAGUGAAGUUUAAGCCUCUGUCUUCAGAUGUGUAGAAAGUGGGGGAGCAGAAGGGCAUGGGCAGGGAGGGACAGAGGCUGCUGGGGCUCAGGACAGUUGAGCUGAGCAGAUCGGGCAGAGUUGCUGAGUCCUGGUGGGCAGAGUGGGGGCGGCAAACCACCACCUGCUUUUGUAAAUAGUCUGAGACGCAGCCACUCCCGUCCAUCUACUUGUGGCUGCUCUCCCUCUGCAAUGGCAGAGCCGAAGAGUAGUGCAACAGAGAUCUUAUGAUUGGCAAAACUUAAAAUCUAUACUAUCUGGCCUUUUAUAGAACAUUUGCCAACAUCUGAGACGGGAUUGCUUAGGGCUUGCAAACUCAGGUGCCAGGAAACAGGUGAGAACGAAAUAGUGAGAUGAACUUGGUAUAGGAAACAUCUUAUUGGGGCGACAUUAGGGAGGGAUGAGGACUAUGGCAAACUGGAGAGCACGUAGCCCAUCCAAAGAGGGCAGCUAGGGAGUUCCAGGGUGGUUCAGUGGUUAGGACGUGGCACUUUCACUGCCAGGGCCCAGGGUUCAAUCCCUGGUCAGCAAACUAAGAUCCUGCAAGCUGCAUGACGUGGCCAAAAAAUUUUUAAAAAAAGAAAAGAGGGCAGCUUGUGUCAGCUGUAGGCUGGACCCAGAGUUGCCAAGGCUUAUAAUCUCUAAGAUACACCAGAAAUCUAGAGGUUUGUGUGAACAAGAAAAGAGGCCGCAGAGGGUGAGCAUGUGGACACAGAUCCCAGCCCUGCCGCUUCCUCACUGUGUGACCUUGAACCACUCACUGGACUCUCUCUGAUCUGUAAACUGAGGGGUAGUAACAGCACUUACUUCACAGGGCUCUGAUGAUUAUUAACAAGUUAACAUCCUAGGGCUCCUAAAACAGUGUUGUGCACAGACAAAACUGUGGCUAUAUUGGCAAUUUAAAACACUACGAUGACAAUGGAUGGACCAGAGAAAACACAUGGAUGUUGUACUUUCUGGCCAUGGGUCACAGGUUUGCUUCCCCAGCAGAGUGGUUAAGGGGCAUGAACUUGGAAGCAGAGGGACUGGCUGCUGCCCACAGCUGCCACUUACCAGCUAAGUGACCUUGGGCAAAGGUACUUCCCCAGGCAGGGGCAGGGGGUUCCUGUCUAUAGAACUAGGCUGGGGUCAUUGUGAGGGUUAUAGGACAGUGACCCAAAAGGGCCUGGUGGAGUAGCUUACCUGUCCCUGUUCUCAGCCCCCUGCUGCAGAGGAGCCCACAGGUGGGGGUCACAGGAAGGGGGUGGAGCUCAGGUUCUUCAGUUAACUGUCACCCUCUCCCCUCCCCCCUCAGCACAUAACCAGGGUCUGCCAGGACAGGGCAUCCCCCCAAGGCUCCCACAGGGAUCCAAGGCCACCAGGUGCCACAUGAAGCUGCUGCUCUCCCUCUCUAUCCCCCGUGGGUCCAGCCCCUGAGUUUUGCCAGGCUGGCCACACUCUGCUGUGGGAGAGUCUGAGUGGGGAGAGACAGAUCCCUGGGGCUGGUGCAUAUCAGAAAGCAGGUUCAGUCUCCCCUGAGAGGCAGCUCCCCCAGGCACCCCUCGACAAACCCCGUGGGCAGUGGGGACUUGGGGGGUGCAUAGGUGAGGGGGCAUGAAGUACGGGAGUGCCUGGGAGCAGGUCUCAAGAGUCAGGGUUCAGAAAUGAGAACUCGGGUGGUCCCCCUCUGGAGCCCCAGCGACCCCCUUCUCCGCACCCCACCCGGAUGACAGGCAUCAUUGUUCCUCAGCCCCAUGGACCCCCUGAGGCAGUCCCCCUCCCCCAGCUCGUCACGGGCCUCCAGCCCGAGGACCCUACCCUGCGAGAUGCUUGGUUACGUGGGCAUCGAGGCCGUGCUGGACCAACUGAAGAUCAAGGCCAUGAAGAUGGGGUUUGAGUUCAACAUCAUGGUCGUUGGACAGAGCGGGCUGGGCAAGUCCACCAUGGUGAACACACUCUUCAAGUCCAAGAUGUGCAAGUCCACCAUGCCAGGCCUGGGGGUGCCCACACCCCAGACGCUGCAGCUGCAGUCUGUGACCCAGGUCAUCGAGGAGAGCGGCGUGAAGCUUAAGUUGACAGUGACCGACACGCCCGGCUUUGGGGACCAGAUCAACAAUGACAAGUGCUGGGACACUAUCCUGGGCUACAUCAAUGAGCAGUACGAGCAGUACUUGCAGGAGGAGAUCCUCAUUACCCGGCGGCGACACAUCCCCGACACACGAGUGCACUGCUGCGUGUACUUCGUGCCACCCACCGGGCACUGCCUGCGGCCCCUGGACAUUGAGUUCCUGCAGCGGCUCUGCCGGACUGUGAAUGUGGUGCCUGUGAUCGCCCGGGCCGACAGCCUGACCAUUGAGGAGCGAGAGGCCUUCAAGCACAGGGUAAUCUGGGCACCAGGGACAAGUCUGGGGUCAGUGGGGGUGUGGAGGGGGGGAGAGUGCACAGGUGGGCUGAGGUCACCUGUGUGUGGUCCCCAGAUCCAGGAAAACCUGAAGACUCACGGCAUAGAGGUGUAUCCACAGAAGUGCCUCGAUGAGGACAUCAAUGAUAAGGUCCUCAACAGCAAGAUCCGGGAACGAAUCCCCUUCGCUGUGGUCGGGGCUGACCGAGAGCACAUUGUGAAUGGGAGGUGUGUCCUGGGCCGGAAGACGAAGUGGGGCAUCAUUGAAGUGGAGAACAUGGCUCACUGUGAGUUCCUCCUCCUGAGAGACCUGCUCAUCCGCUCCCACCUCCAAGACCUGAAGGACAUCACACACAACGUCCACUAUGAGAACUACCGCAUCUUCAGACUGAAUGAAAGCCACGUGCUGCCCCGAGGGCCCAGCUGGGUGAACCUGGCCCCGGCCCCGGCCUCUGUCCCUGCCCCCGCUGGCCCCCAGGCCACCCCCGGACCCCCAAAGGUCUGUUGGUGGGCCAAGGACAACUCAGAUGAGGAAUUCUGAACACCGGCACAUCCCAGGCCCAUGGGGCUCCCCGAGUCCUGGGCAGCCCCCUGACACACACCUGUGUACUAGAGCAUGUAUUA